GACCUUCAGAGCCUGAGGCCAAUGUUCUGGUUCUAUCAGUUUGCCCCUCCUCUUCUGUCGCUUCAAGAUAACUGCUUUAACAAAAUCCUAACCACCCUUUUGCUUUCUGACUUUCUCCGCCCCCCCCCCCUUCCCUCCUUGGCUAUCUCACCUCCUGUCCUUCUUUACCCUUGUAGGCACCAGGAUGGCCACUGGACUCUCUUUACUGAAUCUCCACAGUCCUUCCCCACCCCUUCUCCUCUUCCUCUUUCUCCUGGGCAGGGGGCUAGAGGCUGAAACCACUGAGGAUCCUGACCUGCUGGUGACAGUAAAGGGGGGAAAGCUUCGUGGGAUCCAACUCAGUGCCCCAGGGGGUCCUGUUUCUGCCUUUCUGGGAAUCCCUUUUGCUGAGCCCCCAGUGGGACCUAGGCGUUUCUUGCCUCCAGAACCCAAACGGGCAUGGAAUGGGGUCUUAGAUGCCACAUCCUUUCCUCAUGUCUGCUACCAAUAUGUGGACAACCUGUAUCCAGGUUUCCAAGGGUCUGAAAUGUGGAACCCUAACCGAGAGCUAAGUGAGGACUGCCUAUAUCUCAAUGUGUGGACACCCUCCCCCCGACCAGUGGUUCCUGCACCAGUCCUGGUCUGGAUCUAUGGGGGUGGCUUCUACAGUGGGGCCACCUCCCUUGAUGUGUAUGAUGGACGAUUCCUGGCUAGAGUUGAGGGCGCUGUGCUCGUUUCCAUGAAUUAUCGGGUUGGUGCCUUUGGCUUCCUGGCACUGCCAGGGAGCCGGGAAGCACCAGGCAACGUGGGGCUGCUGGACCAGCGCCUAGCAAUGCAAUGGGUGAAGGACAACGUGGCAGCCUUCGGAGGGGACCCAAGGUCAGUGACACUCUUUGGGGAGAGUGCUGGAGCUGCCUCUAUAGGCAUGCACCUGCUUUCACCUCCAAGCCGUGGACUCUUCCAUAGGGCAGUGUUGCAAAGUGGGACUCCCAAUGGACCCUGGGCCACUGUGGGGGCAGGUGAGGCUCGUCGUCGAGCCACCCUGCUGGCCCGGUUGGUGGGGUGUCCCACCGGCAGCAAUGACACAGAGUUGGUGGUUUGCCUGAGGACCCGUCCAGCCCAGGACCUUGUGGACCAGGAAUGGCAAGUGCUGCCCCAAGAAAGUGUCUUCAGAUUCUCAUUCGUUCCUGUUGUGGAUGGAGACUUCCUCAGUGAUACACCUGAGGCCCUCAUCAAUGCUGGGGACUUUCAUGGCCUACAGGUGUUGGUAGGUGUAGUACAGGAUGAGGGCUCCUAUUUCCUGGUUUAUGGGGCCCCUGGCUUCAGCAAGGAUAAUGAAUCUCUGAUCAACCGAGCCCAGUUCCUGGCAGGUGUGCAGGUUGGGGUCCCUCAAGCAAGCGAGCUGGCAGCAGAGGCUGUCGUACUACACUACACAGACUGGCUACAUCCUGAUGACCCUGCACGGCUUCGUGAGGCCUUGGGUGAUGUUGUGGGUGACCACAACGUAGUAUGUCCUGUGGCCCAGCUAGCAGGAGGACUUGCUUCACAGGGUGCCCGUGUUUAUGUUUAUGUCUUUGACCAUCGAGCUUCUACGAUGUCCUGGCCCCUCUGGAUGGGUGUUCCCCAUGGCUAUGAGAUUGAAUUUAUAUUUGGCCUUCCCCUUGAACCAACACUCAACUACACUGGUCCUGAGCGAGUUCUUGCCCGACGCCUGAUGAGAUACUGGGCCAACUUUGCCCGUACAGGCGAUCCCAAUGAGCCCCGGGAGCGUGAAUCCCCGCGCUGGCCUCCCUACACUGCUGGGGCUCAGCAAUAUGUAAGCCUCAACCUGCGGCCACUAGAAGUGAGGCGAGGGCUGCGCGCGCAGGCCUGCGCCUUCUGGAAUCGAUUUUUGCCGAAGUUGCUCAGCGCCACCGAUAGUCUGGAUGAGGCGGAACGCCAGUGGAAGGCGGAGUUCCACCGCUGGAGCUCCUACAUGGUGCACUGGAAGAACCAGUUCGACCAUUACAGCAAACAGGAGCGCUGCUCAGACCUGUGAAAGGGGAACGAGACCCUUGGAUCCUCCCUCGCCACUCCAGGAAGCCGGCCUCCCCCCUCUCUCCACGGCCCCGCCCCAGUCCUACAGCUGUACAUACUAUUUAUUUCAGGGCUGGGCUAUAACACGGAUAAAGCCGCGGGGCUGGCCCCACCCUCUAGGGCUCUCUCCGCCCCCUGCAUGUCCGGGGCCGAGUACCCUACCCCUGCGGUGCCUUCGCCCCUCCGGGCCGCCAAUAAACUUAGUCACAGAGCACGUGUGAGACUGGUGGGGGGCGGGGCAGGGCAGGCAAAACCUCCGGGGGUCGGGAGAUUAGGUGAGCGCAGCAAUGGCACCCACGUCAUUGUGGGCGGGUCCCGGGCAGAACCUUAAAGGAUUAAUGUAAGAGGCGGCCCAAUGCACCGUGGGAAAGCUUAAAUGAGAGCCGCUAUCAGUCAGCUCCAUCGCUGAACUGCAAGUGGAACGUUUCUAGAGGCCUUGUCCUCCCCCAGAGCCAGCUGCAUAGAAGCAGAGUGGGGCAGCGAGAGAUAGUCGGGAAAACUAAGGUAAUUUCCAUCUGGCCCUGGUUAGAGAAGGAAAAGGGGGGCCCUCCCUGCAGACCAUGAAGUUUACUAAGUCCAGCUCCCCACUCAUCUAUGCCCAAAGCCCCCAAACCCUCGAAUGUGCAAAGUCAAAUCUCUUGCUCUACAUAUGACAACUAGGAUAUGCUUUUGGAUAUGUGCCCUGGGCCCAACCUGCCUCAUCUUAGCCUCUAAGCCCUCUUGAACAUGUGUAAUCUGCAAGAUUAACAAGGGUUGGGCCUGUGGCUGUGAUACAAGUCACUGUAACUAGUUGUUCCUGGCCUGAUAAACAGGCUCAGUACCAGACCAGAAGGCCCUGUAGACUGUAAUAGAGAUGUGGAAAAGGACCUAUAGAAUGCUUUCAAAGAUCAGAAAGAGACCUUUCCACUUCAUAGGAAGUGUGUAGUGGGGAGAGGGCAAGGAAGCUCCAACAGAGAACUGUGGAUGUGGGGGUCAGGGCAGUAUAUGGGGGUAAAGAACAAAAUGUGCUGAUAUUGGCUUAUAGCUGCCAGGAAGCUCAGGAACCAUGAAUGGGUCACAAGUAGUUGUUUGGGUUAGCUGGCAAGAAGUAGGCACAGCUUUUGACUCCAAUUCCUUCUACAAACUGAGAAUUUAGGACUCCAGAACAAGGAGAAAGCCUGACCAAGAGGGUGAGAUAAAAUGACUGGGACUCCAUCUCUACUUAGCCUUCAGACACUUGGUACUCAUGAAAACAGUAGACACUAGUCAUUAAAGGAAUAUUACUGCUAGAUGUGAUUAUUCAUCCCAACUUCAAAAGGAUGAGGUCAAUAAAUACAAAAGGUUCUGA